AGAACAGAAGGUAAAAAAACAGACAGCCAGAAAGUAGUAGCUGGCUACAGUGUGUAUAAAUAUAUUCGUGGGAUUUUGUUUUAAGAUUGAGCAUAAAAUUUUUUUUUUAUCAGUUAUUAGUGAAAAGAAUAACUUAGGAAUUAUAAGAUAAAUAAAAUGAGUAUUCCUAAUGAAUAUAUUUCUAAAACAGAGGAUAUAGCCGAUCAGGUAGUUCGAAAAGGCAAAAAUGUUUUACCAACUGUUGCACGCUUAUGUUUAAUAGCUACAUUUUUGGAAGAUGGUCUUCGUAUGUGGUUUCAAUGGAGUGAACAACGAGAGUAUAUGGAUAUGAGUUGGGGUUGUGGUAAAAUUAUAGCAACAUUAUUUGUUUUAAUCAAUUUAAUUGGCCAAAUUGGCGGUUGUGUGAUGGUUAUCUUAAGAUUCAGAGUGUCAAUAGCUGUAGGCGUAUUAUUCUUUAUCGUUGUUUUACAGACUAUUGCAUAUUCAAUUUUAUGGGACUUACAAUUUUUAUUAAGAAAUUUAGCACUGAUCGGAGCUUUAUUAUUGGUUUUAGCAGAAUCAAGAAAUGAAGCAAGAAGUCUUUUUGCUGGUGUACCAUCAUUAGGUGAUAAUAAACCUAAAAAUUUCAUGCAACUUGCUGGACGUAUUUUAUUGGCAUUCAUGUUUAUUACAUUAAUCCGUUUUGAAUUAAGCUUCUUACAGGUAUUUCAAGAUAUUCUUGGAUCAAUAUUGAUGGUAUUAGUUGUAGUUGGUUAUAAAACAAAAUUGUCAGCUUUAAUAUUAGUUUUGCUGCUAACAAUAUUGAAUUUGUAUCAUAAUGCUUGGUGGUCAAUUCCUUCAUAUAAACCACUUAGAGAUUUUCUUAAAUAUGACUUUUUCCAAACACUUUCUGUCAUUGGUGGUUUACUUAUGAUUGUGUCAUUAGGCCCUGGAGGAGUAUCAAUGGACGAGCACAAAAAAGAAUGGUAGAAUUUAAGAAACUGUGUAAAAAAAUUAAGUUUUGUUAUACAUAUAAAUGCUUUUUUUUUAUUUAAAAAGAUAUUUUUUUUGUACAUUGAAAAUACUGCUUUUGACAAAAAAUUUUUAAUUUUUUUUAUCCUGGCGCAAGCAAAUAAAUUUAGCAUUUACGGUUUUAUAUUAUAAGAAACAAUUUCAACACAAAUUUGCUUUUUUUUUUGUUAAAUUUUUAGAAAAAACUUCCAAUUUUAUUAAAUAAUUUUUAAUUUGUUUUGUCAUGUCCAUUUAAUUUUUUAAAAUAUUCAUACAAAAACUAUUAAAGUUUUUCUUUUUCAAUGAAAUCUUAAAAUUGUAAAUAAGAUCUAAAUUUUUGUAAGACAAUUAACUAUGUAUUUUUGUUUCAACGACUAUGAAAAAUGACAGAUUAAUUUGUUUUAAAUAUAACUUACAUUCAUACUUACUUAUGUCUAGAAAUAAAAAUUUUAUUUAAAGAAAAAAGUAGAGAUAGAAACAUUGUGUCCCGUAUUAUUUUAUUAUAUUAAAACAAAAAAAAAAAAAUAAAAAAAAUAAUUUAUAUGAAAAAAGUUGAUAUUGAUAGUUUUAAAAACAAAUUAAAAAAAAAGAGAAAAAGAAAAAAAACUGGGCCCAUCAUAAAAAAAAUAUAGAACUACUUUUAAAUUUUGUAAGAA